AUGCCUUCCGAUGAUGAUUCCUCCUGUCCCCAAGACCGCAAUGGCACCAAUGAACAACCAAACAUGCCGCAAGAAACCAACUCGGACCUUCCCAAAAUGUGGAGCAUAGAGGACCCAUUCCAAUAUGCGCCUCCAAAACCAGACGGUGAUCCAUGGACAAUUCUCCUUGAACCUCUGCUGAAGGACGACAAGCUGCGUUGUGAUGCAUGGAAGGAUGAGGUUCAGAAUUUGCUCAUCUUUGCUGGUUUGUUCUCGGCUGUGGUCACAACAUUCCUUGUGGAAUCCUAUAAAGAUCUUCAGCCCGACCCGAGCGGUGCUAUGAUUACAUUGCUUGCCCAUAUUGCUGCCCGGCUUGACAAUGACACCGGCGUCAUCACUAGCACUUCCCUGUCUUCAAAUGACCCCUUUGUGCCUUCUGCGUCGACGAUCCGGGUCAAUGUUUUCUGGUUCAUCAGCCUCGUCCUUAGCCUGACAACGGUGCUUGUGGGCACUAUCUCUUUACAAUGGCUAAGGGAGCACCAGUCCUACUCAGACAUCUCCGACCAGCGUGAAAAAUACGCAAUAUUCUACAUGAGGAAGCAUGGGCUCGAGAAAUGGCGGGUGGACAGGAUAUUUACAGUGAUGCCACUUCUCCUACAAACUGCUUUGGUUCUCUUUCUCGGGGGGCUCAUUGACUUUCUUCAUGCUUUCAGCGAACGCUGGUCAGUGGUCAUCCCUGUGGCCGCCGUAAUUGGAUUAUCAUUGCUAUUCCUCGUUACAACAACGAUCCUUCCAACUCUACAAACAAUGGCACUUUUUAUCACCCCAUCCAAUUGGCCCCAUCCGCCUAGUCAGUGUCCGUUCAAAUCACCACAAUCACAUGCCGUCCGGAGACUUUGUGCACCUCUACUUAGUAUACAGUUCUAUCUGACCCGAUCAUCGACACUUUUCACUAUCCAAUCACUAAUCUCACGUCUUCCUCGUGCAUAUUUUAUUUCGGAAAUGAUUUCUAGAUUUACAGUGCCCUCUCGAUUCCGUUCUCAGGUGUCUCUUGCCGCAUGUUGUGGAAAUUGGGACAUGUUUGAUCAAGAUUGGGUGAUACUUCGCGAUAUGUACAUGCGACGUUCCUUCGGAGACUGGUCCAAGGACUAUGGGAAUCCCUAUGACUUUGGAUUUGGACACGACGAAUUAUUACCGCUUUUUGACAUUGUUUUCGGUCUAAACUCUCAAAAAUGGCAGAAUAAUGUCGCUAAUGCGGCGUAUCACUGUAUAUCCGAAGUUUCGCAAGCUGUACUUCUUCAUUUGACGGACCCUGACCAGAUUUUGCCCCAGGAAGGACUUCGAGAAAACGACUAUCUAUACAGCUUGCUAGCGGUUGAACCUGACAACGUCUCCGUGACAAGUUUCUUUGACACCACCAGUUGGUUCAGGGACAUUGAGAUGGGGGAAUUGUUGCCUGCAAAUGUCUUAACUUGCAUACUUCAUCAACAAAAUUUAGCAUCCUUUACACAUUGGAACGGCGGCAUGCUCGUUCGUCAUCAAAAAGAGCUCGCUCUAAGACUCUUUGGUUAUUUUUAUCAAAAACCGCACAAACUUCAUUUAUCACACACAAAAAUCCGGAUUCCCGCAUGUGUCUCGUUUCAAAACUUUGUGUUUUACUCUUCCUUGGCUGACAGGGAUCGCGACUUUCGUGACAAAGACACAUUCGAAGCUCUCUCUUGGCAAUUUUCGAACCUCACUUUGUGCAUCUUCAAACAGAUUUGCGAAGACUUUCACCCUCAUUCUUUGGUUCACACCCCGUUUGCACAGGAAGUUGGACUCCCAUUUUACCUGGAAGUAUCUGGAUAUAUCACCUCACGAACACUUUCACCAUCCAUCCAUAGCUCUGAAUCUUCGGCAGUCUUUCUUGCGACAAAGGAAAUGAUUCACGACACAUUUUCUUAUAUUCGCUUGAAGUUAGACACAGAGGUCACUGCGUGGGGUGAUGAUCAAGCUAAGCCAAGCUUGCUGUUCUAUCUCACCGUCUGCUAUACUCAACAGCUCAUUGGCCCUCUCUCCAAGGAUGAAACAUUUAAUUCCCUUCGUGAAACUAUACUGCAAUAUAAGAAACGCACCAUCGAUAUAGGGAUUAUUGAUUCUGUUCUGGAGAGACGACUGAUUGCCAUUCUCGUCCACCUGGUGGGACACCUUCGAAGGAAAACAUCUACAAAAUUUUACUUAGAGUGGUCCAAUAUUAUUGUCAAAGAUGUGCAAUCAGUAAAUGUUGCUGAUUACAUCAAGUUAUAG